GAAAGUCGAAACACAGCACAGCACAACAGGAGCCACCGCCCCCUUUUUCCUUCCCCCCGUCUCUUCAAUUCAAUUCGUACGGCACGGCCACCGGGUCACCGCAGCAACAGAAUGCGGCGAAUCUGCAUCCCCAAGCUUGUGAUUCUUCUGCUGCUCUGCACCAGGACGCUGCCGGCGGGCGUAUCCUCUGCAAAGAUCCAUGGGAACCCAGCCAACGACCUCGUGGCCCUCAUCAACGGCAAGAGGGAGGCGAGCAGGCUGCCUGCGCUGCGCAACAGCAGAGGCCUCGGGUGCAUGGCGCUGCAGUACAUCUCCGAGUGCAUGGCGGCCACCACGGGCGGCGCCGCCUGCAGCAGCGGCAACACGAUGGCGUGCCAGACCCCCGAGGCCCACAUCACGGAGGUCUACGCCGCCAACUGCGGCGUGGAGCUCCCCACGGUGGACGUCAUCUCCGGCCGCCUCUUCGGCUGCCACCGGGACCGCGACGGCCCGGAGGACGCGCUGGCAUCAGCCACCGCGCUCUCGGUGAUCCGCGGCAAGGAGCACACCCAGGUGGGCGCCGGCUUCGACCGCCGCGGGCCCUUCUUCUGGUGCCUCCUCUUCAGCAGCGGCAGCCCCAACUCCACCUUUCUCCUGGAGGCCGGCGGCAAGGGCAUCGACCAGACCCAUGGCUGCUUCAGCGCUCCGGAUCGCCCCUCGUGCAACGCCACGCCGCCGCGCCCCGGCCAGCUCAUGUGCACCAUUACCGCAGCGGCGGCUGUGCUGCUCUUCCGUUGCCUUGUCUCCACCUAGCUACUCCGACCGGAGUAUCCUACUAGCAGCAGCUAUGAGCUUCCUGGAUGAUGAUAUUGUAUUGUAUUGCAAAUCUCGGACCAAUGUCAUAUUCCAUUCAUUCCUGGAACUGGACCAGUGUCAUAUUGUAUUUGCUUACGCCUUACCAUA